UUCUUCGACACUCUUAACGGAAGUCGUUUCACGGAUUUAAAACGUCGUCGUUUCAUCGAAUUCUUUGAAACGACGUCGCUGAUAUGUUUUCAUUAGCCAAAUUCACAUAAUUCAGUUCCUCCUUUAUUUUCUAACAAUUUUGUAGUGUGUCAAUUACACAAUUUCACACCAAACUAGUUUUGAAAUCCUAGAAAGCAAGUUCUCACCAUGAGCAAAUUUUCUAAUCGUUUUUUUUUUGUCCCACAAAUAGAGCACCUCAAGCAAUCUUGCGUCCCACGUAACCCUCGCACUUUCCAAAUUAAUUUCCCCUUUAUUUCUCACCUUCUCCUUUCAACCACCGGUUAUAUUCCUUAAACCUAAUUUCUCCAAUCGUUCUCAAACAAUGUCUUCAUCUCCACUCGCCGCGAAAUCUAACCUAACCACGACUCGAUCUGCUUCGUUAAACCUCCCUCAUUCGACACGUACCAAUCACAACCACGAUCUCCGAUAUAGUCACUCCGCUGGUCCUCGUACAAACGAAGAUCGACCACCGUCUGGGAACGGCGUCGCCGGAAUCCUCUACAAAUGGGUAAACUACGGCCAAGGAUGGAAACGACGGUGGUUCGUUCUCCAGGACGGUGUUUUCUCGUAUUAUAGAAUCCAUGGUCCCGAUAAAAUAUCUCUCUCCGUUGAAAUGGACCGGAGAUCUAAAUUGAUCGGCGGCGAAUCUUUACGGUUUAUUUGCCGACAUAGCAAACGCGGUGAAGUUCAUAGCCCCGGGAAACCUCUCGGCCAAAUUCACCUCAAGGUCUCAUCGAUUGGACAAAGCAUAUCAGACGGGAAGAGAUUUACAGUAUUCACUGGCACGAAGAGUCUGCAUUUACGCGCAGCAACGAGCGAGGAUCGUAUCGCUUGGAUCGAAGCUCUGAAAGCUGUUAAAGACACGUUUCCAAGAAUGUCAAACGAAGAACUAAUGGCAUCGACGACUAAUGUCUCAGUCUCGACCGAUAAGCUAAGACAGAGAUUAAUGAAAGAAGAGGUUAAUGAGACAACCAUCAAAGAUUGCGAAGACAUAAUGAAGAACAAUUUCGUUCAAUUGCAUGAUGAGGUUAUGUUGCUCAAACAGUACCAAUAUCAUCUCGUAGAUUCUCUCAACGACGUUAAUAAGUCCUUAAGACCCACUAACCAAAGUUUUUCCCAUAUGUGAUCUAUGGGCUAUUUAGUGAAAGCCUAUGGUAUAAUUUAUUUGAAAGGUGUCGGCCCAUUUAUAUUAUUAUCUUCGUGGUUUAAUAUAAUGAUGAAGUCAUUGUAUAUGCUACGAAGUUUUAAAACGUUUUCAAUAGAUAUAUUAUAUACGCAAUAGUAUAACGUAGUUGUUAAUUAUAGGCACCGCCAACAAAUUAAUCUAAUGCAUGAAAACGCUACGUUAUGGACAUGAAAUGAAAUCACGACUUUGAAUAAAAAUAUAUGAAAAUCCUCGAAUCAUCUAGUGUACUUCAGUACU